GGGAUCUUCGUUGUCCAUUGCAGUCCUGCUUUUAUUGACAAGAGUGGUGCACUCCUGCUGUCCACAUCAUUCCUACUAACUCAUUUUAAGGUCUCGAUUAUCUUAGAUUUAAGAUUUCCAUGGCAUGAAAAUCUGCAGAUCAUCUGGAGGAACAGACCUGGUUGUUUACAGUGACUGUUUUUUCAAAAUGGUUGGAAAACUCAAACAGAACUUGUUACUGGCGUGUCUGGUGAUCAGCUCGGUAACAGUGUUCUACCUGGGGCAACAUGCUAUGGAAUGCCACCACAGAAUAGAAGAACGCAGCCAGCCCGUAAGGAUGGAAAGCGUGAGAACCACUAUGAGAACUGGUUCUGAUUUAAAUACAAAUAAAACCUUUGCUUACAACAAAGACAUGCCUUUAAUAUUUAUUGGAGGGGUGCCUCGAAGUGGCACUACGUUGAUGCGUGCCAUGCUAGAUGCUCACCCGGAUAUCCGCUGUGGGGAAGAGACCAGGGUAAUCCCACGAAUCCUGGCGGUUAAACAGAUGUGGGCUAGAUCAAGCAAAGAGAAAAUCCGACUGGAUGAAGCUGGAGUCACAGAUGAAGUUCUGGACUCAGCUAUGCAAGCCUUUUUGUUGGAAAUCAUCGUGAAACAUGGAGAGCCUGCACCUUAUCUGUGUAACAAGGAUCCUUUUGCUCUAAAGUCCUUAACUUACCUUGCCAGAAUUUUCCCCAAUGCCAAGUUUCUUCUAAUGGUACGGGAUGGUCGUGCAUCGGUGCAUUCUAUGAUAUCUAGAAAAGUCACCAUAGCUGGGUUUGACCUCAACAGCUACAGGGACUGCUUAACUAAGUGGAACCGCGCUAUAGAGACGAUGUAUAACCAGUGCAUGGAGGUUGGUUUUGAAAGAUGCAUGCUGGUACAUUAUGAGCAACUUGUACUGCAUCCUGAAAGGUGGAUGAGAACUCUCUUAAAGUUUCUGCACAUCCCAUGGAACCAAGCAGUGCUGCAUCAUGAGGAAAUGAUUGGGAAAGCAGGUGGCGUGUCUCUCUCUAAGGUUGAAAGAUCUACGGAUCAAGUAAUCAAGCCAGUCAAUGUGGAAGCAUUGUCGAAAUGGGUUGGGAAAAUACCCGCAGAUGUUCUACAAGAUAUGCCAGUGAUUGCACCUAUGUUAGCAAAACUUGGCUACGAUCCAUAUGCCAAUCCACCAAACUAUGGAAAGCCAGAUCAAAAAGUUCUUGAAAACACUAGAAGGGUCUAUAAAGGUGAAUUUCAGCUUCCUGAUUUUCUUAAGGAAGUGCCACAGCCAAAGAAGACAAUAGAAAGGAAAUCCCGUGGCAAGAUAAAAUGAACAUGGAUCAGUAAUACAGAACCUAUGGAGUAGAUGGUUUGAUGGACGUAUCUUGCACAUAAGGAAAGACUGCUGCCUUUUUCAAUGGAAACAACAGUGUAUUGGUCAUCUCGCUCACUUCAGUGAGGUGUACUGUUGAUAGCCUGCUUUUUUUCUCUCAAAAUCUUCUCCCAUUCAUUCCUUUUCAUCCUGUGGUUUUAGUUUUGAUAUUUUUGUUGUUGUGAGCACAUGUAAAACUUUAAGAGUAAAAGCACUUUUUUCUGUUAUGAGGUCGAUGCCCUUCACUGAUGGCAACGUAGUACUGUAUCACGUACACAAAGGUUUUUAAGGUUUGGAAAAAAGCAAAGCAACAACUGAUCUACAUUGAAAUUGCUAAUAGUGGCUCUCUCUCCAUUUAACUGAAGACCGUUGUUUUAAAGGAUUUUUAAAAAUGUUUUAUUUAAAAUCUGGAUUUAAAUGUAUGGAACUUGGGGGGUGGUCUGUACUUGUCUUAAAUGUGUUUUGUGUAUUGCUUUGUUUUAGGGGUGGGGGUGGUAGAAGAGUUGUGCCUGUUUUCAAUUUUAUUGACAUGUGGAACUUGUUAAAUAGCUUUCUUUAAUUAUUUAAAAAUAAUUUCUGAGAUGUUGAUAAAUUACAUGUACAUUUGCAAUUGAUCUUUUGUAUUUUAUUUUUCAAAAUAAAUGCUUUAAAUGUGA